AUGGAAGAGAACCCGUGCCAGAUCCAGUCUGGACUGGGAACGAACGAUUUGUCCACUCCGCUGAUUCUUUUCCACGAUGCAGGCGGAACUGUGUUCCCGUAUUUCUGCCUGGGAGAUUUGCACCGGCCGCUUUACGGCAUAAGCAAUUCUCACUUCGAUCACGGAGGCAAAUGGGACCAUGGUAUUCGCCAGAUGGGAGUUGUCUAUGCACACUUCCUUCGGUCGGUCAUCAACUCUGGAGAUGUUAUCCUAGGAGGAUGGUCUCUCGGCGGUUGUGUUGCUUUGGAAGUUGCAUCUCGACUAAUGAAGCUUCCCCAGUACACGGUGCAGGGUGUUAUCAUGAUCGACAGUGUCUUCCCAACUUCCAAGGUCACAGACCAAUAUCCCCGCACGAUCGCUGAGGUUGCUGCCAGCUUCCAGCUACCGGCCCGGAUGUCCGAGGCACGGCGGGUGCAAGCGCAGCAAUGCAUUCUGUAUGCACACGAGAUGCAGCGUGACUGGCGGCCACCACUGUUUCCGUUAGGACUGCCUCCUACAGUACUCAUACGCGCAGCCGAUCCGGUGCAUCUUGACCCCGAUGCGAAGCCCCACUACCUCGAUCUCAUCCGAAACUGGACGUACCUGGGGUGGGAGGAUGUCACCAAACGACGACCAAGAUCCGAGAAGCUUGCGCGAUAUUGGCUCGACCGCAACAGCCAAAUCCCGAAUGAUCGACAGUACAUCAAUCUAGAUACAGGGAGCUACCGAUAG